UAUUCGAUAUAGGGAGAAGGCAAUCCUGCCUUCGUCUGCACAAAUUGAGAUCAAAAGGAAGUCAGAGAAAAUUGAUCGGGUUCCAGACGGGGCGGGUCAAGUUGGGUACUUUCACCAUCUCUGGCAAUUAUUUAGUGCACUAGGCCCCCAGCUUCUCUGUUGCGUCUCUCUCUCGCUGCGAAGCUGCGGCCUGUAAGUUCCGAUUCAAUCACUUCGUCUCCCACUCGCUCUCUCUGGUAACCCAAAACCCAACUCUAGUCUCCAUCACUCUCUCUGCUAAAAGUGCUCGGCACAUCAACCCAGGCUUAAAUUGAAUGUACCAUGAAGAGGACACUGCCAUGGAGUGAGCAGAUUGAUGUUAUAUCAUCAGAUGAAUCUUCGUCCUCAGAUGGAGAUAUGGAGAUUAAUGAUGGAGUUGAGGGUCAGCAACUGUCCCUUAAUAUUACACUUGAUCAACCUACAAAAGAAAUGACAUCUGAGGAUGUACUGAUCAAAAGAGCGGAAAUGUAUCAAGAAUAUAUGAGGCAGCUCCCUAUGCCAGCACGUCAUGGCUCUGUCAUUCCAUUUUCAUCAUGGGUGGGAUUAGGCAAAUCAAUUAAGCAAUUAUAUGGGCAACCCUUGCAUUACCUCACUAACAUUCUUCUAAAGCAGUGGGAUCAUCUGAGAAUUGGCAGUGAGGAUGAACAAAAGCCCUUGGAUAUCACAAUUCAUCCUUGUAAGGCUGAAGCCACCAUUUGGCUGGUUGAAGAAAUUCACAGGCGUACCUCAUCUCACCAUCAUGUAGCUAAAAGCUGGCUGUUGGACCCAAUGCACCAUGCUUUUGUGGACUCCAUAUUCCCACAACUAUGAAGCAUUGUUUCGAUGAGCAAUCACCUCUGAGCUGAUUUUGUAGGAUGCUUUUUUGUUUCUGAGGUGUGGGCUUUGAAAUGUAUGAUCUGUAUCUGGAAUGAAUUAGAAACUCCUGUUUUGGUAAUUCACUGAUUUUUUUUUUUAAAUCUUUUUAAUUCCUGCUUGUAUGGAUGGUUGUGGUUAGGUACGCUCUCAUCCUUGAUUUCAAAUAAAGUUCCCUUGAAUUGAAGGCUGAGAA